CAUGUCUGUGAGGACAGGAAGGGGAACCUGCAUGUGGAUUCCCACAGCACGGGCCUGACUUUCUGGCACUCUGCCAGGAGAGCAGGAUACUCCCUCAGCAGGGGGCCAUAUUGCUGGCAACAGAAGAGUGAGGGGCUGCUGGGGGGUGGCAGGCAGCAAACCGGGGGAUGGGGGGGAGACCAUCUCUGUGACAGCAGGGUCCGGGGAGAGUGGAUAUAGUGAAUGCAGGGACCGGGGAGAACAGAUAUAGUGAAUGCAGGGUCCGGGGAGAGCAGAUAUAGUGAAUGCAGGGUCCGGGGAGACCAGAUAUAGUGAAUGCAGGGUCCGGGGAGAGCAGAUAUAGUGAAUGCAGGGUCCGGGGAGAGCAGAUAUAGUGAAUGCAGGGUCCGGGGAGACCAGAUAUAGUGAAUUCAGGGUCCUGGGAGACCAGAUAUAGUGAAUGCAGGGUACAGGGAGACCAGAUAUAGUGAAUGCAGGGUCCGGGGAGACCAGAUAUAGUGAAUGCAGGGUCCGGGGA